GUGUGUGUGUGUGCUGAUGGUUUCCUUUUUCCUACACGUUGUUGUGUUCUGUCUCUCUGUGUGUGUGUAUUUGUGUUUGAUUCUUGAAAUUUCGCAUUUUCAGAAAAAUGGCUCCAUCACGUUAUGAAACAGUGAUUGGCCUAAAUAAAGGUCAUAAAGUGACCAAAAAUAAUUAUCAAAAUCGUCCAUCAUCGAAAAAGGGUAAAUUGACUAAACACAAUAAAUUCAUUCGUGGUGUUGUACGUGAAAUUGUUGGCUUCGCACCAUAUGAACGUCGUGCUAUGGAAUUAUUACGUAUUUCGAAAGAUAAACGUGCAUUGAAAUUUCUUAAAAAACGUUUAGGAACCCAUUUACGUGGUAAAAGGAAGCGUGAUGAAUUAUCACAGGUUAUUGUACAACAACGUAAAGCACAGACAGCUUCAACAGCUAAAUAGAUAGAGAUGAUAUAUAACCUGAAAAUAUCAAACAUUUUUUUUUCUUUUGAUUUCUCAAUUCAUCAUUUUGAAUU